AUAGACCCGGGUUCGACUCCCGGCAAACGCAGCUUCCCUUUUAAUUUUGGUCUAACGCUAACGCAAUAAUAUCUCAUUUUUGGUCUCUACACAGAAAAGACAGAGCAAAAUAGAUAGUUGGAAUAUGAUUGCAAUUUGGUGAAUCGGUGUCUCUAUUUGUUUAUGUGGUUACGCUCUGUUCCCCUUUUCUCAAUUUCUUUGUAUUCCAAAGCGAAGCGUAGCACGGUGAUGGGAGGUGCUAGCGUGUUACAGUUAUCCAUAUCCAGAUUCAGAAGCAACCGCACCGUUUCUCUGUUCUCCGUUCGAGCCUGCAACGACCACCCUCGUGGCCCAUCCUGCAUCUACGUUGGUCCCCUCCACACCGCCACCAAGGAAACCCUCGAAGCUCUCUACUCCCAGGCGCGGGAUGCAUAUUACAGUGGGAGUGGGGAGCCUUUGAUUCUUGAUGACAUGUUUGAUAGAGUAGAGUUGAAGCUUAAAUGGUAUGGUUCUAAGUCGGUUGUCAAGUACCCUCGAUGCAGUAUCAGGAGGCAUUCAACUUAUGCUGAUGCCGACGAAGAUCUGUCUAUGGCUUUGGCAUUAGCAAGCUUAUGGUCCCUAUUUCUUGCAAUUGGCUCUUUGGCGUGUGUUUGGCCCAUGUUUUAUACCGUUACAACAGCUUAUCAAAAAGCAUUUGACUCAGGAUUAUCAUAUGGUAGCCAAGCAUCAGGACUGGGACUAGGGCUUCUUUUUGCGGUAAAUAGCAGUAUCUUCAUGGCGCUGGGUUUGGUCAUUGGCUACCCAGUUGCUUCAGCUUCAGUUAAGGUGCUUCAAGGCCUGUGGAGGAAUGAUUUAGCGGCACUAAAGGGUUCAUGUCCAAAUUGUGGAGAAGAGGUAUUUGCAUUUGUGAGAACGGACAAGGCUAAUAACUCACCCCAUAGAGCAGAUUGUCAUGUGUGUGAAUGCUUAUUGGAAUUUCGCACCAAAGUGGAGCAACCGGCUUUAAGAUUAGGUAGACAAUGGGUUUAUGGGCGUAUUUACCUUGUUCGUAGAUCCAGACGCCAGAGAGGACUGUAAAUUUUCUUCUCAUCAGGGGCUUAUUAUGAUUGUGAAUAUUCUUAGUAAGGAAUGAAUAAAGCCAAUUUCUAUUCAGUUCUUCAUAGUCUAAAACAUUUUUGUUAGAAAUCAGAAGCCAUCUUGUAGCACUGUUAGAAAGGAAGUAGUUCUUCCUUUAUUUGAUGGCGUGUUAGUGUUAACGAUUUCAUAUUUUGAAGCUGUAAUAGAUAUUAAAUAUAAUUUUAGUAAUGAAUGAUUAAAUACAAACCAGUAUGUUUCCAAUUGCCAA